CACUGGCCUCCACUCAGUGUCCUCCACCCCUCUCUGCCAAUCCCUCCACUGGCCUCCACUCAGUGUCCUCCACCCCUCUCUGCCAAUCCCUCCACUGGCCUCCACUCACUGGCCUCCACCCCUCUCUGCCAAUCCCUCCACUGGCCUCCACUCAGUGUCCUCCACCCCUCUCUGCCAAUCCCUCCACUGGCCUCCACUCAGUGUCCUCCACCCCUCUCUGCCAAUCCCUCCACUGGCCUCCACUCAGUGUCCUCCACCCCUCUCUGCCAAUCCCUCCACUGGCCUCCACUCAUCCCUCCACUGACCUCCCAUUGCCCAACGAUAAAAUUCAAAACAUUAACAAUAACAUAUGAAGCCAUUUAUAACUCUGCCCCAAAUUACAUCACCAAUCUUGUCUCCAAAUAUCACCCAAACUGUCCUCUCCGCUCCUCCCACCACCACCUCCUGCUCUCUAGCUCCCUUGUCUUCUCAUCCCAUGCUCAUCUCCAGGACUUCUCC